CGAGCUGUCGAUUUGACGUAUUCGCAGGCGUACGAGCUGUCGACGUUGACCGGCACGCAGGUGAUGCUGCUCGUGGCGAGCGAGACCGGCCACGUGUACACGUUCGCGACGCGCAAGCUGCAGCCGAUGAUAACGAGCGACGCCGGGAAGGCGCUGAUCCAGACGUGCCUCAACAGCCCGGACCCGCCGCCGUCGGGCUCGUCGGGCGACCAGAGGAUGUCGGCCACCGGCUUCGAGGAGACCGAGCUGACGUACAACAUCGCCGACGACGAGCAGAAAGUAAGGCAACUGGU